AUGAAAGACCAUUCCCUAAUUGAGGAGAGAGAAGAGCUAAUGAUUUCCCUAAAUAGUAAUAAUCAUAAUCAAACUCCAACAUUAAGAAACUCCCAUUUCCUUAAACCAACUCUAAACCCCAGAAAUCAACCCUUUCCAAAACCCCCUUCUUUUUCUCUAUCCUCUAAACCCAACAAAAAUCUCCCCAAAAUUAAGGUUCAUUUCAAAGGAAGGCUAACACCCCAGAUGAAUUGGGACUUAUGGGUUACCAAUUUGCAACAAACCCAUGAAUCUACUUGGAAAAAAGUUGGCAUCUUUGAUGCAAUCAGGGCUUCUACUUACAAUUUAAUGAGAGAUAAUGAGCUUAUCUUUGGAUUAGCUCGUAAUUGGUGUCCUAAAACUAACACUUUUGUAUUUUCUUGGGGUGAAUGUAGUAUUACUUUGGAAGAUGUUAUGAUUUUAGGUGGGUUUUCUGUUUUGGGUGAGUGUGUUAAAACCCCAUUUCAAAGCAGAGAGAUUGAGGAAAUUGAGAAUACAUUGGUUAGUGUUUUCCCUCGAGAUAGAAAGAGUAGUUGGUACCAAAUCAAGCAGAACGAGUGGAUGGAUUAUUUCAUGGAUUUUGGGGGUGAAUUGGAGCAUAUUGCAUUCCUUGUAUUAUGGUUGUCAAGGUACGUGUUUUCGACAAAGUAUUUCUGUCAAAUUUCGCCCUAUGUUUUCCCUAUUGCUAUUGCUCUUGCUAGAGGUACUAGAAUUGCACUUGCUCCUGCUGUUUUAGCUUCAAUUUAUAGAGAUUUGAGUUUGUUAAAAGAAAAAACUUUAGGGUUUGUGCAAAAUGAUAAAAGCAAACUUGUUCUUUGGGCACUUUUCCAAUUAGUUCAGGUUUGGGCUUGGGAGAGGUUCCCUACAUUGGGUCCGAAGCCUAUUGCUCUCUUUCAUGGUGAGCCAAGGUUAGCUCGUUGGCAAAACUUAUCCAAGUUAAAAAAUAAGUUAGCCUGGGUUGAUUUUGAGUCUCUUGGUGUGAGCUUUUUGUGGAGACCCUAUGCUUUAUCUGUGGAAAAUUGGAAGUUCCCGGAGUUCUAUUGUGAUGAAGAGAUGUCAGUCUUAAUAGAUUCCGGGGUAGGGGAGGAGUUGUUGUCAUUUGCAAAAUGCUUGAGAGCAUGUGAGUUGGUUGGUUUUGAUUGUACAGAGCAGUACCUCCCACAAAGAAUAGGGAUGCAAUUUGGAUUCGAUCAAGAUAUUCCGAGUUUUAUUCCUAGAUCAAAUGACAGUGAAGAGCUUGCUUGGAGUAGCUAUGAUGUACCUCUUAAUGGUGUGGAGUUAUAUCUGUCUCCCAGAUUGUUCAAGGGGGAUGUCACUGUUCAAUAUUUUGAUUGGUUUAUGACAGCAUCAUGUCCAGGUUACAAUAUUGUUUCGACCUACAAACGACAGAGGAUUCUGACAAGUUGUGCAGGGGAAGCAAGAGGCAAAAUGUCCACGAAAUUAAAUGUGGUUUGUUCAUCUCCUGCAAGCAAUGUCCCUGUGACUCCUUGUUCUGCUCUUUGUGUUGAGGCGAAAGCGAAUCAUGUUAUUAGCAUGGAGGCUCCUAGUUGUUUAGCUUCUUCUGAGUGUAUAUUGGCAUCUCAUUGUCUAAAGGAAGCGGAGUCCAAGAAUUUUGAUUCGAGUAACUUGCAUAGUGUUGCUGAGGCGAUUACUGGAACUAGUGCAUCUUGCAAUGAUAAGAAGAUUAGUCUCAACAAAAGCCAUGUUGACAAUCAUGAUCCAGGUUUUGAGAUUGAUAUUGAGAAGGGUGUUAGGGGAAUGGAUACUGUAAUGGAACAAGUGGGAAAAUGCAGGGAGAAUUGUGUUAACAAAAGUGUCAAUGGUGCCGCUAUGAUGCAGACUGGAACCACCCCAUCUUACAGCAAAGGCACAACCAGUCCUAGAGAUAGCCUUUAUAUUAUUGAUGAAGCAAUUCCAACUCAUAUUACACAGAGGGUUGAACUUGAUAAUGAAGCUGCUGCUAGCUCACUGAAAACUCUAACGGACGAUGAACAUGGCAAUAAGUGUGUAAAUGUCAAGUUAGUGAGCGGUUCAAUUGAUGAUCCUGUGAUUAUCGAUCAUGACAACAAUGAUGAUUCUGAAGUUGAAGCUAGGAUUAGUAAACUUGAGAGACUUGUUUCUAGGAUACAAGCUGCUAAGUUACGGGUCCAAGCCUCCAAGACAAAGGGCAUAUAA